CAUGCCAGUCUGUGUUAAAGUUAAACAUCAACACAUGUGACCUUGGACUAGUUGAACAAUUUAAACCCUCAGAGCUGCUCGUGUUAUUUCUGUUUUUGUUCUCUGGAUGCAGGAGAUGAACAUCUCUUAAUGAGGGAACACUGAUGACAUCACUCAGACUGACCCCUCCCCUUUCUCUGCUGUUUCUGCUCAUGGUUUCGGGAGUUCUCUCCCAGCCAGGGUUGGGUGUGUCUUACACAAAGAGCAACAUCUGUGCUCUAAGGGGAUCUACAGUAACCAUGGGCUGCAGAUACACAUAUCCAGAUGGUUACAGAGUUCAGAGAGUUUUCUGGAGCAGAGAGCUGGGUACAGAUAAAGAGCCUCCUGAUCUGUCUUCAGACCCAAAGUACACAGGCAGGGUUCAAUACCUCGGAGACAAACGGAGUAACUGCAGUCUCAGACUGAGUGAUGUGACAGGACAGGACCGAGGCAAAUACUACUUCAGAUUUAUAACAAGAAGUGGAGGAAGGUAUCAGGGUAGAGAUGGAGUUGACCUUUCUGUCGCACGGCUUCAGCUGGAGAUGAUUCCUGUUAGUGUGGUUGAGGGAGAUGAAGUCACUCUCACAUGUAAAACCACCUGCAGCCUGACUGACACUCCAGCAUUCACCUGGAAUAAAAAUCGACGUCCUUUAUUCUCAGUCAAUUCCUCUAACCUGCUCCGUCUUCCUUCAGUCAGUCAGAUGGAUGCAGGCGAUUACAGGUGUGGUGUACAGGGACAAAUUUAUCGCUCCCCUGCUGUCACUCUUGAUGUCCAGUAUCCUCCAAAGUAUGUCUCAGUGUCCAUCAGUCCCUCUGGUGAGAUAGUGGAGGGCAGUUCAGUGACUCUGACCUGCAGCAGUGAUGCUAACCCACCUGUGGAGUAUACCUGGUUUAAAGGAACAUCAUUUAAAAUCAAAGGAAAAACCUACACCCUUAACAAGAUCAGCUCUGAGGACAGUGGAGAUUACAAGUGCAAGUCCAGUAAUCAACACGGAGAGAAAUAUUCUGAAACAACAGUAAACGUUUUGUAUCCCCCUAAGAAUGUCUCAGUGUCCAUCAGUCCCUCUGGUGAGAUAGUGGAGGGCAGUGUAGUGACUCUGAGCUGCAGCAGUGAUGCUAACCCACCUGUGGAGACCUACACCUGGUAUAAGGUGGAUGAAAUCUCAUCUGUAGGAUCUGGACAGAGUUACAGCUUCCCCUUGAGCUCCAGGAGCAGUGGAUGGUUUUACUGCGUGGCUCAGAAUAAAUUCGGGAGUCAGAGCGCCGCUGCAGUGCCUCUCACUUCAAACGGGGGCAGAAGUGUAGUUCUGUACGUAAUUCUUGGAGUCACAGUUGGAUGUGGAUGUUUACUUGCCAUCAUCGGUGUCUUAUGUAUGAGGAGCAAGAGAAGAGGAGGUUCAAUAAAUGACACCAAGGUAUCAUCGUCUAGUCAGACAUUCAGAUCUGGAGGAAUUCCUCAAGAAAGAAAAACAUCAAACACAUUCUUUAUAAUCUUCACACAGAUUAAUAACCCUAGUCCUCCUGAAGACCCGUACACAGCUCUUGAUCUUCAGACCAAGUCCUCCAAUGAUGUGUACGACACGCUUGCAACAGUUCACCCGAGUCCUCCUGAAGACCCGUACACAGCUCUGGAUUCUCAGUCCAUCUCUCCUCAUUACGACACUUUAACAGGAGCACUGAUGACAUCACUCAGACUGACCCCUCCCCUUUCUCUGCUGUUUCUGCUUAUGGUUUCGGGAGUUCUUUCCCAGCCAGGGUGGGGUGUGUCUUACACACAGAGCAACAUCUGUGCUCUAAGGGGAUCUACAGUAACCAUGGGCUGCAGAUACAUAUAUCCAGAUGGUUACAGAGUUCAGAGAGUUUUCUGGAGCAGAGAGCUGGUUACAGAUAAAGAGCCUCCUGAUCUGUCUUCAGACCCAAAGUACACAGGCAGGGUUCAAUACCUCGGAGACAAACGGAGUAACUGCAGUCUCAGACUGAGUGAUGUGACAGGACAGGACCGAGGCAAAUACUACUUCAGAUUUAUAACAACAACAAGUGGAGGAAAGUAUCAGGGUAGAGAUGGAGUUGACCUUUCUGUCGCACGGCUUCAGCUGGAGAUGAUUCCUGUUAGUGUGGUUGAGGGAGAUGAAGUCACUCUCACGUGUAAAACCACCUGCAGCCUGACUGACACUCCAGCAUUCACCUGGAAUAAAAAUCUACGUCCUUUAUUCUCAGUCAAUUCCUCUAACCCGCUCCGUCUUCCGUCAGUCAGUCAGAUGGAUGCAGGCGAUUACAGGUGUGGUGUACAGGGACAAAUUUAUCACUCCCCUGCUGUCACUCUUGAUGUCCAGUAUCCUCCAAAGAAUGUGUCAGUGUCCAUCAGUCCCUCUGGUGAGAUAGUGGAGGGCAGUUCAGUGACUCUGACCUGCAGCAGUGAUGCUAACCCACCUGUGGAGUAUACCUGGUUUAAAGGAACAUCAUUUAAAAUCAAAGGAAAAACCUACACCCUUAACAAGAUCAGCUCUGAGGACAGUGGAGAUUACAAGUGCAAGUCCAGUAAUCAACACGGAGAGAAAUAUUCUGAAACAACAGUAAACGUUUUGUAUCCCCCUAAGAAUGUCUCAGUGUCCAUCAGUCCCUCUGGUGAGAUAGUGGAGGGCAGUGUAGUGACUCUGAGCUGCAGCAGUGAUGCUAACCCACCUGUAGAUUAUACCUGGUUUAAAGGAACGUCAUUUAAAAUCAAAGGAAAAACCUACACCGUUAACCAGAUCAGCUCUGAGGACAGUGGAGAUUACAAGUGCAAGUCCAGCAAUCAACACGGAGAGAAAUAUUCUGAAACAACAGUAAACGUUUUGUAUCCCCCUAAGAAUGUCUCAGUGUCCAUCAGUCCCUCUGGUGAGAUAGUGGAGGGCAGUGUAGUGACUCUGAGCUGCAGCAGUGAUGCUAACCCACCUGUGGAGACCUACACCUGGUAUAAGGUGAAUGAAAGCUCACCUGUAGGAUCUGGACAGAGUUACAGUUUCCCGUUGAGCUCCAGGAGCAGUGGAUGGUUUUACUGCGUGGCUCAGAAUAAAUUCGGGAGUCAGAGCGCCGCUGCAGUGCCUCUCACUUCAAGCGGGGGCAGAAGUGUAGUUCUGUACGUAAUUCUUGGAGUCACAGUUGGAUGUGGAUGUUUACUUGCCAUCCUUGGUGUUUUAUAUAUGAGGAGAAAGAGUAGGGGAGGUUCCACUGAAGACGCCAAGUCAAGUCAGGAAAAUACCUACAGCAGUGUGAACCUGAGUGCUGCAACCAACAAUCCAACACCUGAUCCAGAUCUGGUCAAUCAGAGUGAUGUUCAUUAUGCCAGUAUACAGCACCAUCGUGACCCCAGGAGGGCAGAACGUUCUGUAGUGCAAACUUCUGGCUCUGGGGCUGCUGAGGAGGUUCAGUAUGCUACUGUCCAGCACAAGCGUGACCAAGUGGUGGGAAAGACUCAGGAGGACGAAGAUCAGUAUUCUAAUAUCAGAUUUAAUCACACUGGUGCUGCCUACAGGUCUGCUGCUCCUGCAUUUGAAGAUUCGUCAGUGAUUUACAGCAGCUGAAGUAAACAAAAUUCCAAGGAUCUGUUCAGGAUGAAUGUGAACUGAACAUUUACCCAAUUAUGGGUAACUACAGCUAAAGAAAGAAGACAAGCAACUGGUUGGAUAUUUAAACUACAUCCAUUAUUUUAAUAAUUCUACAAUUUCUGCAUGACUGUUUUGUAUAUACCAUAUACUACUGUAAAUCACCACUUAAAUUACAAGAAGACUGCUAUAAAAAAGGGUAUAACAUACAGAAAAGAUUUGCUAUCCAAAAUUCUACUUUAACUCCAGUAUUGAUUUAACUGGUUAAUAUUGUUAUUCAUAUUUUCCCACUUACAGCUUUUUGGUUCAUUUUGCACAGUAAAGGAACAGAUUUUGUCCUCUCUAAAAUGCUAUGGUUUCAAAAAUGGACAGUAGGUUGCGUCUUUGACUGCAUUUACUUUUAAGGAUUUAUGCUUCAACUUGUUUCAGUUGCAAAACUCAGGAUUAUUAUUAUUAUUAUUAUUAUUAUUAUUAUUAUUAUUAUUAUUAUUAGUUGUUGUUUUUUUUUUUUUUACAAGUCAGCAUUUUUUGAAAUGCACAGAUUAUUUGUAUAUUAAAUCCAGCACAUUUUGUAAUAACUCCUUAAAUUGAUUUAUUCACAAUUUACAAUCAUACACUCUUGGACCAAAGGUCUGUGGACACCUGACCAUCACACCCAUAUAUGGUUCUUCCAUAAUCUGUUCGAACAAAGUUGGAAGCACACAAAUGUAUAGAAUGUCUCUGUACUCUAUAGAAUUACAAAUGUCCCUUCACUGGAACUGAUACUCAAACCUAUUCCAGCAUGACAAUGCCCCUGUGCACAAAACUAGCUCCAUGAAGACAUGAUGUUGAGCCCUGACUUCAACCCUACUGAACACCUUUGGGGAAAAUUGGAAUACUGACUGCACCCCAGGCCUCCUCACCCAGCAUCAGUGGCUGAUCUCACUAAUGCUUGUGUGGCACAAAUUCCCAUAGCUACACUGUAAAAUGUAGUGGAAGACCUUCCCAGAAGAGUGGAAGUAGUUAUAACAGCAAAGUGGACAGCAACUGUUUUUUAAUUUCAGUGGUUUUGGAAUGGGAACAUGGUGUGGUGGUCAGGUGUCCACAUACUCUUCGGCCAUUGUGAAUAAAUCAGUUUAAAUGGUUAUUACAAACUGGGCUGGAAUUAAUGUACAAAUAAUUUGUGCAUUAAAAGUUACGAGUCUGCUGCUUCUGUUUUUACAAUUUCCUUGGAUUUUAUUUUUCAAAACAUAUUUAACAAGGAAAAAUUUUGUGUACACAUUUAUGCUUAAGUGAGUGUUUUGCACUGGAAAACGUGUUUGAUUUUGAAUAAUCUGAAAAACAGUACUAUUUAAUUUUUUUUUUUUAAAGAAAAUAUUUGGUGUUUGUUGUGUAGUCAUAUCAAUUAAACAAUUAUAGGAAGAAGAGUAAUAAUAGUUUUCAGCAAACAGUAAUAAUUAAAGAAAUGGUUACUUGUCACACUGUACGAGAUGAUCCCCAUAAAAUGUUGGCUAAAUUCUACAACACACUGUAUGAUGAUGUCAAUUUAUACAAUGAAGAUCCUCUAGCAAUAAAGCUGUGAUUAAAGAAAAUGA